AUGCACAAUGUGGUACGGAAGGUACAAAUCAAGGUUGGGGUCAACUCCAUUACAGCCCAGUCUUUGUAGGUAAAAAAUACCUGGAUAGAUUUUCACCCUGCUGCUUUCACUGCUCUGCUCAUUUUACAUUUAAGGUCUCACACAAUCAUCAUUAUCAUAAUCGUCAUCAGAAAAAAGUAUAUUCUCUGUCCUUUAAAACUAACAUGGGCAAGAGCUUGUAUGUUAUUAUAUCUCCCUUGCUCAAAAUAACAACUAUUUCAUUAUAACCUUCCCUGCUCCCCUCCACUCAGGUCCACAGAAAGAUCCGUGAGGACUCGGACAUGGCCCAGGACUCCCUGCAGUGCCUGGCCCAGCUGGCCUCCAUGCACGGCCCAAUCUUCCCUGAUGAGAGCGCCCAGGUCUCCUACCUGGCCCACCUGGUGGAGGGGCUCCUCAGCAUGAUCAAUGGGUGAGUCUGUCAGAGCCUUAGACUAACUCUGGUUGGUUUCAAUGGACCCAAUCCAGGGCUAGAAACACUGCUGCCCUAAAUUAAUUUGAAACUUGGGCAGUUGUUUUCAGAUGACACAUGUAGAUGCAUCAGUACUGCAUGAUGAUUAUUUGGACUAGAGGCUGGUAGCAUGAAUAAUGUGAUUUGUGUGUCCUCUCAGUUGAAGUAGUACUUAUCUGAAUCAACAGGGCUCUGCUCUAAUGUAUAAAUAAAACACACACACACACUUGUUCUCGGAACUCGUGACUCAGUAGGUGGAGUGAGUUAGGGUCUCUCUCUCCCCUCUCUCGCUCUUCUCUGUAAUCAACUAUUCCUGGAGCUUUUUUCCAGUUGCAUCAUCGGAAAACCAUGCGGGCAGGAUGGCCAAUCUGCAGUGAUUGAACAGCUCUGCUUGCAAUUGAAAUCUAUCUGAUAAGGUUUAGCGAGCCGCACAGUUCUAGGCAGUAGGCUAGCUACGGCAGGCAGGCCUCAAGACAGUACUCUAACUGGGACUGUGGAAACCCGGCCCUACCCCAGGGCAACAGGUCCUGCUCAAUGCUCACACACUGGGCAGCACAGCACAUCGUCUGGUUUAGUACCAUACCUGUUUCAAACACAUUUGUGAAAUACUUUCAAAAACUCAUCUUUUCCAGAUUUGUCUGAUUUGAAUGAAAUUGGCCAACAUUCCUCUAAGGUUGUGUUUUGUUUGUGUCCCUCCCCCAGGAUAGAGAUCGAGGACUCUGAGGCGGUGGGCAUCUCUAACAUCAUCUCCAACCUGAUCAGCACAUUUCCCCGUGCCAUCCUGACCGCCCUGCCCAACGAGCUCUUCACCUCCUUCAUCAACUGUCUCACCCUCCUCACCUGCUCUUUCGGACGCAGCGCCGCCCUGGAGGAAGUGGUCAGCAUUACACCUCAAUCCUUAAUGCAGGAACAUUACAUAGUUGAUCCAUGAAAAAUAUAAAAUAAUGUGUUGUUGCGUUGAAAACGCACAUUCAAUUAAUCUCUCUCUCCCCCGCUAUCUCCCUUCUAGCUGGAUAAGGAUGACAUGGUAUACAUGGAGGCGUAUGACAAGCUGUUAGAGUCAUGGCUGACCCUGGUUCAGGAUGAUGAACAUUUCCCCCGUGGCUGCUUCGUCCAGCCCGCCGUUCAGGUCUUCAACUCCUACAUACAGUGUCACCUGGCUGCCCCAGACGGCACCCGCAACCUGGUGAGACACUCACACACACGUCAAUCUAGACUCAAAUAAUCAGUCAGUCAAUUGUUUUCAUGGGUAAUUGAUAUGUCAAUGCUUUCAACAGUCAAUCCACCAUGAUACACGUCUUCUAACUCCUUUUUUAGUAUUUUUUUAGUGAUCCAAUUGACAUUUUAGUCAUUUAGCAGACGCUCUUAUCCAGAGCGACUUACAAUUAGUGAGUGCAUACAUUUAUCAUACUGGCCCCCCGUGGGAAACAAACCCACAACCCUUGCGUUGCAAGCGCCAUGCUCUACCAACUGAGCUACAGUUUGUCAUACAUUCCCGCACUCACUCUCUUUCUGUUUUCUUUCUUCUUCUCUCUCUCUCCAUCUGACUCUUCUCCUUCCUUGGUCAUGGUCCCUCUUUAAUGUUAUGGUCUCUCCCUCCCUCCAGACGGUGAACGGCGUGGCAUCUCAUGAGGAGGAGGAGAUUAACGAGUUACAGGAGGACGACAGAGAGCUGUUCUCAGAUCAGCUGGCCAGCAUCGGCAUGUUAGGACGCAUCGCAGCCAACCACUGUAUCCCCCUACUGACCAGGUAUGUGUGUAUGUAUGUGUAUAUAUAUAUAUAUAUAUAUAUAUAUAUAUAUAUAUAUAUAUAUAUAUAUAUAUAUAUAUAUAUAUAUAUAUAUAUAUGAAAGAGUUCCCACAUAUGCUGAGCACUUGUUGGCUGCUUUUCCUUCACUCUACGGUCCGACUCAUCCCAAACCAUCUCAAUUGGGUUGAGGUCGGGGGAUUGUGGAGGCCAGGUCAUCUGAUGCAGCACUCCAUCACUCUCCUUCUUGGUAAAAUAGCCCUUACACAGCCUGGAGGUGUGUUGGGUCAUUGUCCUGUUGAAAAACAAAUGAUAGUCCCACUAAGCCCAAACCAGAUGGGAUGGUGUAUCGCUGUAGAAUGCUGUGGUAGCCAUGCUGGUUAAGUGUGCCUGGAAUUCUAAAUAAAUCACAGACAGUGUCACCAGCAAAGCACCCCCACACCAUAACACCUCCUCCAUGCUUUACGGUGGGAAAUACACAUGCAGAGAUCAUCCGUUCACCCACACCGCGUCUCACAAAGACACGGCGGUUGGAACCAAAAAUCUCCAAUUUUGACUCCAGACCAAAGGACACAUUUUCCCCGUCCUAAUGUCCAUUGCUUGUGUUUCUUGGCCCAAGCAGGUCUCUUCUUCUUAUUGGUGUCCUUUUAGUAGUGGUUUCUUUGCAGCAAUUCGACCAUGAAGGCCUGAUUCACACAGUCCCCUCUGAACAGUUGAUGUUGAGAUGUGUCUGUGACUUGAACUCUGUGAAGCAUUUAUUUGGGCUUCAAUUUCUGAGGCUGGUAACUCUAAUGAACUUAUCCUCUGCAGCAGAGGUUACUCUGGGUCUUCUAUACCUGUGGCGUUCCUCAUGAGAGCCAGUUUCAUCAUAGCGCUUGAUGGUUUUUGCGACUGCACUUGAAGAAAUGUUCUUGAAAUGUUCCAUAUUGACUGACCUUCAUGUCUUAAAGUAAUGAUGGACUGUCAUUUCUCUUUGCUUAUUUGAGCUGUUCUUGCCAUAAUAUGGACUUGGUCUUUUACCAAAUAGGGCUAUCUUCUGUAUACCCCCCCUACCUUGUCACAACAAAACUGAAUGGCUCAAACGCAUUAAGAAGGAAAGCAAUUCCACAAAUUAACUUUUAAGAAGGCACACCUGUUAAUUGAAAUGCAUUCCAAGUGACUACCUCAUGAAGCUGGUUGAGAGAAUGCCAAGAGUGUGCAAAGCUGGAAUCAAGGCAAAGGGUGGCUCUUUGAAGAAUCUCAAAUAUUAAAUAUAUUUUGAUUUGUUUAACACUUUUUUGGUUGCUACAUGAUUCCAUAUGUGUUAUUUCAUAGUUUUGAUGUCUUCACUAUUAUUCUACAAUGUAGAAAAUAGUAAAAAUAAAGAAAAACCCUUGAAUGAGUAGGUGUGUGCAAACUUUUGACUGGCACUGUGUGUGUGUGUGUGUGUGUGUGUGUGUGUGUGUGUGUGUGUGUGUGUUUUAUAUAUAUAUAUAUAUUAGUUGCCCUCCAGUGGGUGAAGGACAAACAGUUGAAGUCGGAAGUUUACAUACACUUAGGUUGGAGUCAUUAAAACUCGUUUUUUAAACCACUCCACAAAUCUCUUGUUAACAAACUAUAGUUUAGGCAAGUCGGUCAGGACAUCUACUUUGUGCAUGACACAAGUAAUUUUUCUAACAAUUGUUCACAGACAGAUUAUUUCACUUAUAAUUCACUGUAUCACAAUUCCAGUGGGUCAGAAGUUUACAUACACUACGUUGACUGUGCCUUUAAACAGCUUGGAAAAAUCCAGAAAAUGAUAUCAUGGCUUUAGAAGCUUCGGAUAGGCUAAUUGGCAUCAUUUGAGUCAAUUGGAGGUGUACCUGUGGAUGUAUUUCAAGGCCUACCUUCAAACUCAGUGCCUCUUUGCUUGACAUCAUGGGAAAAUCAAAAGAAAUCAGCCAAGACCUCCACAAGUCUAGUUCAUCCUUGGGAGCAAUUUCCAAAAACCUGAAGGUACCACGUUCAUCUGUACAAACAAUAGUACGCAAAUAUAAACACCAUGGGACCAUGUAGCCAUCAUAUCGCUCAGGAAGGACACGCGUUCUGUCUCCUAGAGAUGAACGUACUUUGGUGCGAAAAGUGCAAAUCAAUCCCAGAAUAACAGCAAAGGACCUUGUGAAGAUGCUGGUGGAAACAGGUACAAAAGUAUCUAUAUCCACAGUAAAACGAGUCCUAUAUCGACAUAACCUGAAAGGCCGCUCAGCAAGGAAGAAGCCACUGCUCCAAAAAAAAAAAAGCCAGACUACGGUUUGCAACUGCACAUUGGGACAAAGAUCGUACUUUUUGGAGAAAUGUCCUCUGGUCUGAUGAAACAAAAAUAGAACUGUUCGGCCAUAAUGACCAUUGUUAUGUUUGGAGGAAAAGGGGGAAGGCUUGCAAGCCAAAGAACACCAUCCUAACCGUGAAGCACGGGGGUGGCAGCAUCAUGCUGUGGGGGUGCUUUGCUGCAGGAGGGACUGGUGCACUUCACAAAAAUAGAUGGCAUCAUGAGGAAGGAAAAUUAUGUGGAUAUAUUGAAGCAACAUCUCAAGACAUCAGUCAGGAAGUUAAAGCUUGGUCGCAAAUGGGUCUUCCAAAUGGACAAUGACCCCAAGCUUACUUCCAAAGUUGUGUCAAAAUGGCUUAAGGACAACAAAGUCAACGUAUUGGAGUGGCCAUCACAAAGCCCUGACCACAAUCCUAUAGAACAUUUGUGGGCAGAACUGAAAAGGCGUGUGCGAGCAAGGAGGCCUACAAACCUGACUCAGUUACACCAGCUCUGUCAGGAGGAAUGGGCCAAAAUUCACCCAACUUAUUGUGGGAAGCUUGUGGAAGGCUACCCGAAACGUUUGACCCAAGUUAAACAAUUUAAAGGCAAUGCUACCAAAUACUAAUUGAGUGUAUGUAAACUUCUGACCCACUGAGAAUGUGAUGAAAGAAAUAAAAGCUGAAAUAAAUCAUUCUCUCUACUAUUAUUCUAACAUUUCACAUUCUUAAAAUAAAGUGGUUUCCUAACUGACCUAAGACAGGGAAGUUUUACUAGGAUUAAAUGUCAGGAAUUGUGAAAAACUGAGUUUAAAUAUAUUUGGCUAAGGUGUAUGUAAACUUCCGACUUCAACUGUGUGUGUAUAUAUAUAUAUAUAUAAUCUAUAUCACACACACACACACUAGGGUUGGCCGAUAGCUGAUUCAAUUAAAUAUUGUGAUAUUUGACUUUGACGAUAUAUCGUGAAGUAUAAGACUAUACUCUGUUUGACUUUACAAAUUAAAACAGUGCUGUUUUAUCAGUUACGCUGUAUCAAUAUGUUGAAAAUGAAGUCUAAAUGAAUGAACUAAGCCUUAUUUUUUUCCACCACACUAAGAUGAUUUAAUGAGAAUGUGACUAAUAUUGUAAGUAAGCACAAAUUGCACAGUCUGGAAUGAUUUUGUCAUUAACGACUCAAAACGAUUAUCGGAUAUCGCAAUAUUUGGAGUAGUAUAUCAUAGAGGUCUCCCCAAAUAUUGGUCAAACCUAACACACACACACACACACACACAUAGACACACACACACACACACUCCUCUUGCUAUUAGACUAUCCCCUAGCUCUUUAACUGAGUUUCAUGAUUCUGACCUGUGUGUGUGUGUGUGUGUGGUUGGUCAGUCUGUUGGAGGACCGUGUGACGCGGCUCCACGGCCAGCUCCAGAGGACCCAGCAGCACCUCAUGAACUCAUCUAACCCCGGAUCAGUAGACCGCAAGGUCCUGGAUGACCUCUACGAAGACAUCCACUGGCUCAUACUUGUCUCAGGUCAGUGGAUCGCUGUGAUCAUAUUUACUCAGAAUAGUCCACUCAGCAAAUCAUUUAUUUGUUUAUUUAUAAGGUACGAUUCCCAACAUAAAUAAGGCACUAUCAAUCAAUCAAUCAGGAGUCAUCAGGCCAGGUAGUCCUGAGGCAUGGUCCUAGGGCUCAGGUCCUCCGGGAGGGGAGGGAGAGAGAGAUAUUUAGAGGGAGCAUACUUAAAUUCACACAGGACACCAGAAAAGACAGGAGAAUUACACCAGAUAUAACAGACUGACCCUAGCCCCCUGGCAUAUAGACUAUUGCAGCAUAUAUAUACUGGAGGCUGAGACUGUGGGGUUGGGGGACACUGUGGUCCAGUCUGACGAUGCCCCCGGACAGGGCCAACCAGGCAGGAUAUAACCCCACCCACUUUGCCAAAGCACAGCCCUCACACCACUAGAGGGAUAUCAACAGACCACCAACUUACUACCCUGAGACAAGGCUGAGUAUAGCCCACGAAGAUCUCCUCCACCUCACAAGCCUGAGGGGGCGCAAAACCGGACAGGAAGAUCACGUCUUUUAGACAGCAAGGGCGGUUUGUCGCUCCAGUGCCUUGCCGUUCACCUUCGCACACCUGUGCCAGACUACACUCAAUCAUGGGACCUACUGAAGAGAUGAGUCUUCAGUAAAGACUUAAAGGUCAAGACAGAGUCUGCCUCUCACAUGGAUAGGCAGACCAUUCCAUAAAAAUGGAGCUCUAUAGGCGAAAGCCCUGCCUCCAGCUGUUUGCUUAGAAAUUCUAGGGACAAUAAGGAGGCCUGCUUCUUGUGACCGUAGCGUACGCGUAGGUAUGUACGGCAGGACCAAAGAGGAGAGAUGGGUAGGAGCAAGCCAUGUACUGCUUUGUAGGUUAGCAGUAAAACCUUGAAAUCAGCCCUAGCCUUAACAGGAAGGAAUAAGUAAUAUGAUAAAAUGUUUUGGUUCUAGUCAAGAUUCUAGCAGCCAUGUUUAGCACUAACUGAAGUUUAUUUUGUGCUUUAUCCGGGUAGCCAGAGAGUAGGGCAUUGCACUAGUCUAAUCUAGAAGUGACAAUAGCAUGGAUUAGCUUUUCUGCGUCAUUUUUGGACAAAAAGUUUCAGAUUUUUGCAAUGUUACGAAGAUGGAAAAAAGCUGUCCUUUAAAUAUUCUUGAUAUGUUCGUCAAAAGAGAGAUCAGGGUCCAGAGUAACGCAGAGGUCCUUCAGUUUUAUUUGAGAAGACUGUACAACCAUCAAGAUUUAUUGUCAGAUCCAACAGCAAAUCUCUUUGUUUCUUGGGACCUAGAACUAGCAUCUCUGUUUUAUCCGAGUUUAAAAGUGAAACACAGGCUUCCAGGGUAGGCAAUUUUGGGGCUUCACAAUGUUUCAUCGAAAUGUACAGCUGUGUGUCGUCCGCAUAGCAGUCAAAGUUGACAUUGUGUUUCCCAAUGGCAUCACCAAGAGGUAGUAUAGUGAAAACAAUAGUGGUUCUAAAACGGAACCUAGUGUUGGAAACAUGGCUCAUUUCCAUCAGUGGUCCCAUGUUGUUUUAUGCAUGGAUUUAUUGUGUAACAAAUCUUUUUAGCAUUCAGUCCAAUUAUGUUCCGUUAGCAUAAAAUGAAACCUCUAACUGGACUCUGGGGGGCAUAGAUAUCAUCCUGACAAAUGUACCCUCUAAAUACACCUCCGCUGUCUUCAACCAGGAUCUCAGCGAUCACUGCCUUAUUGCCUGCGUCCGUAAUGGGUCCGCGGUCAAACGACCACCCCUCAUCACUGUCAAACGCUCCCUAAAACACUUUAGCGAGCAGGCCUUUCUAAUUGACCUGGCCCGGGUAUCCUGGAUGGAUAUUGACCUCAUUCCGUCAGUAGAGGAUGCCUGGUUGUUCUUUUAAAAGUGCUUUCCUCUCAAUCUUAAAUAAGCAUGCCCCAUUCAAAAAAUUCAGAACUAAGAACAGAUAUAGCCCCUGGUUCUCCUCAGACUUGACUGCCCUUGACCAGCACAAAAACAUCCUGUGGCGUACUACAUUAGCAUCGAACAGCCCCCGCGAUAUGCAACUUUUCAGGGAAGUCAGGAACCAAUAUACACAAUCAGUUAGGAAAGCAAAGGCUAGCUUUUUCAAACAGAAAUGUGCAUCCUGUAGCACUAACUCCAAAAAGUUUUGGGACACUGUAAAGUCCAUGGAGAAUAAGAGCACCUCCUCCCAACUGCCCACUGCACUGAGGCUAGGAAACACUAUCACCACCAAUAAAUCUACAAUAAUCGAGAAUUUCAACAAGCAUUUUGCUACGGCUGGCCAUGCUUUCCACCUGGCUACCACUACCCCGACCACCAGCUCUGCACCCUCCGUUGCAACUUGCCCAUGCCCCCCCCGCUUCUCCUUCACACAAAUUCAGACAGCUGAUGUUCUGAAAGAGCUGAAAAAUCUGGACCCCUACAAAUCAUCUGGGCUAGACAAUCUGUAACCUUUCUUUCUAAAAUUAGCAGCCGAAAUUGUCGCAACCCCUAUUACUAGCCUGUUCAACCUCUCUUUCGUAACGUCUGAGAUCCCCAGAGAUUGGAAAGCUGCCACGGUCAUCCCCCUCUUCAAAGGGGGUGAUCCAAACAGUUACAGACCUAUAUCCAUCCUGCCCUGCCUUUCGAAAGUAUUUGAAAGCCAAGUUAACAAACAGAUCACCAACCAUUUCGAAUCCCACCGUACCUUCUCCGCUAUGCAAUCCGGUUUCCUAGCUGGUCAUGGGUGCACCUCAGCCACGCUCAAGGUCCUAAAUUAUAUUAUAACCGCGAUCGAUAAAAGACAGUACUGCGCAGCCGUCUUCAUCGACCUGGCCGAGGCUUUCGACUCUGUCAACCACCGCAUUCUUAUUGGCAGACUAAAUAGCCUUGGUUUCUCAAAUGACUGCCUCGCCUGGUUCACCAACUACUUCUCAGAUAGAGUUCAAUGUGUCAAAUCGGAGGGCUGUUGUCUGGACCUCUGGCAGUCUCUAUGAGGGUGCCAGAGGGUUCAAUUCUCGGGCCAACUCUUUUCUCUGUGUAUAUCAAUGAUGUCGCUCUUGCUGCUGGUGACGCUCGGAUCCACCUCUAUGCGGACGACACCAUUUUGUAUACAUCUGGCCCUUCAUUGGACACUGUUAACAAACCUCCAAAUGAGCUUCAACGCCAUACAACACUGCUUCCGUAGCCUCCAACUGCUCUUAAACACUAGUAAAACUAAAUGCAUGCUCUUCAACCGAUCGCUGCUUGCACCCGCCCACCCGACUAGAAUCACUACUCUCGGCGGGUCUGACCUAGAGUAUGUGGACAACUACAAAUACCUAGGUGUCUGGUUAGACUGUAAACUCUCCUUCCAGACUCACAUUAAGCAUCUCCAAUCAAAAGUUAGAUCUAGAAUCGGCUUCCUAUUUUGCAACAAAGCCUCCUUCACUCAUGCUGCCAAACAUGCCCUCGUAAAACUGACUAUCCUACCGAUCCUUGACUUCGGCGAUGUCAUUUACAAAAUAGCCUCCAACACUCUACUCAGCAAAUUGGAUGUAGUCUAUCACAGUGCCAUCCGUUUUGUCACCAAAGCACCAUAUACUACCCACCAUUGUGACCUGUACGCUCUUGUUGGCUGGCCCUCACUACAUAUUCGUCGCCAAACCCACUGGCUCCAGGUCAUCUAUAAAUCACUGCUAGGCAAAUCCCUGCCUUAUCUUAGCUCAUUGGUCACCAUAGCAACACCCACCCGUAGUCUGCGCUCCAGCAGGUAUAUCUCACUGGUCAUCCCCAAAGCCAACACCUCCUUUGGCCGCCAUUCCUUCCAGUUCUCUGCUGCCAAUGACUGGAACGAACUGCAAAAAUCUCUGAAGCUGGAGACUCUUAUCUCCCUCACUAACUUUAAGCAUCAGUUGUCAGAGCAGCUUACCGAUCACUGCACCUGUACACAGCCAUUCUGAAAUUAGCCCACCCAACUACCUCAUCCCCAUAUUGUUAUUUAUUUUGCUAAUUUGCACCCCAGUAUCUCUAUUUGCACAUCAUCUUUUGCACAUCUAUCAUUCCAGUGUUAAUAUGAAAUUGUAACUAUUUUGCACUAUGGCCUAUUUAUUGCCUUACCUCCAUAACUUACUACAUUCGCACACACUGUAUAUAUAUUUUCUGUAGUAUUUUUGACUUUAUGUUUUGUUUACCCCAUAUGUAACUCUGUUGUUUUUAUCGCACUGCUUUGCUUUAUCUUGGCCAGGUCGCAGUUGUAAAUGAGAACUUGUUCUCAACUGGCUUACCUGGUUAAAUAAAGGUGAAAUAAAAACUAAAAAUAAAUAGACUAUGUAUUUAGAUCUCCUUAGUUGUUUUUAGGGACUACAUUUAGGCUGUGAGGCAGGCUGCGCUGGUGUAUUGGUGCAUGGCAGGAAUGUUGUUUCGGGGAGGGCCAUGCCACCAGUUGUACAACUGCUUGCUGUAUAGCACAUUUUAGCAUUCCCAUUGGCUACAGAAUUCCCCUUCGGUGCAUAACUCAAUUUGCACCCCUAGUUGGUUCUCUAAGUGUGCUCAGAGUUUUCUAGGGUAUCCUAGUAGUGCUAUGCCAUUGGUAGUAAUGUAUUAGUGGACCGCUCCACUGCAGUGAGCAUGAUGUUUGAAAGGAUUUUCUUCUGAAAGUGCAUCCUUAAUGGAGUGUUUCUGGCUAGUGCUAGACCUAGUUGUAAUUGUGAAUGCAAAUGAUUUGUGUGUGUUCCAGGCUACCUCCUGGCAGAUGACCCUCAGGGUGAGACUCCUCUGAUCCCGGCGGAGGUGAUGGAGUAUUCUAUCAACCACUCUACUGAGGUGGACAUCAACACCACCUUGCAGAUACUGGGCUCCCCCGGAGAGAAGGCCUCCUCUAUCCCAGGAUGCAACAGGACAGACUCUGUCAUCAGGUAAGGGAGGGACUACUUCAUUGCAAACACCUCGUUUCCCAGAUCUAAAUUAGAUGGCUGGUUUGAAAGGAAUGACUUAAACCAACAGACACUCAGGCCCUCGUCAGUGGACCAGAGUUGCUCAUCUCUGCUAUAUAUCCAUCAACCAAUGGGUCUAAAAUGCACUGUCUCAGUCAGUGAUCUAACGAACAGCUUGGACAGUCUCCCCUCACGGUCUCAGUCUGUGAUCUAAUGGACCGUUUGGACAGUCUCCCCUCACUCUCUACAGCAGCUGAGAGCUAAGCGGCGGAUUUGUUCACUAAGCCCUGGUUGUAGUGCUCUGUCACGUUCACACCAGUGGGCUGUCUGUCCGGAGUGUGCCUCGUAAAACCUACUGUCCCAUGGCAUGGCAGCAGCCUUUCCCUUAUAUUAUUUUCCAGGCGGGGCACAAAGGUCCACAUAGCACUACACAGGCCAUAUGGCACGGAAACUGUCCAUUGAAGCCAACAGAAGGCAUUUUGAUGUAGAUAUGGGGUCCUCGCACCACCAGUACAGUACAAUUGUAGGGGAAAUAUUACGUACAGUGCAGGGCCAAUGAUCCACCCGUGUGUGUGUGCACGUAUUUGGGUGUGGCCCCCUGGGGGUGUGGUGCCAGCACCACAGAGGGGGAAUGCCCUGGCACAGACCCAGCCAUGCCAGUCGCUAACACACACACACACAGGCCCUUGGACAUGGACACACACACAGGAUCUUGGACACACACCCUCGGACACACACGAUAGCGUAGCAGCCUAGUCAGCCUUACAGGGCCAGAGGAAUGGAAAGACGAGGCCGGGCAUCGGAUUUCCUAACAACACUGUGCGACCCAGGCUCUGUUAAUGUCAAUGGGCUUUUGUUUUAGCAAACAAUGUGAAACCCUGCACUGUCAUGUCCAAGAUCCCUGUAUAUAGACUCCCUACUGUUAUUUUAUUUUACUGCUGCUCUUUAAUUAUUUUAAAUUUUUUACUUAACGAUUUUUUUUCUUCUUAAACUGCAUUGUUGGUUAAGGGCUUGUAAGUAAGCAUUUCACUGUAAGGUCUACACCUGUUGCAUUUGGCGCAUGUGGCAAAUACAAUUUGAUUUGAUUUGUGGGCACGCACUGAGAGCCAUCUCUUACAUACAGAACACUAAGCUGCACUAAGCCCUCUAUCUCUCUGGCCUUUGUCACAUGUGUGUGUUUGUGUGUUUGGUCAUUUGUUGUCUGAGUUACUGAAAUGAACAGACACUAAAUCACCACCUCUUUCUUUUGUUCUUACCCUCCUGUCUUGCUCAUCCUGGCCUUGGCUUCUUAUUACAAUUUAUCCCCCUCUUUUUCCUGCUAUCACUCUCUCCUCUUUCUUUCUCCUCUCUCGCCAUUUCUUUCUCUCUUUAACCUCUUUAUCAUUCCUUCACUCUCCCCGUCCCCUCUCUCACAGGUUGUUGUCAGCGGUGUUGAGGACGUCAGAGGUAGAGUCCAGGGCCACCAGGGCCAGUCUGACAGAGCUGCUCAGCCCUCAGAUGGGGAAGGACAUUGUCUGGUUCCUCAGACGCUGGGCCAAGACUUAUCUACUGGUGGACGAGAAACUCUACGGACAGGUACAACUACCACCAGAAUAUGGAUGUGACAAAUGGAGGAAAAAGAUUUUAACAUUUAAGCUGUCCUUUUUUUUUUACAAAAAUUCAUACAAUUCCAUGUAGGGUCACAAUGCAGAUGGUCUACAUCGCGCUUCCCGCGGACAGAGAAAAUAGUUUAUGCUGCUGAUGCUCUUGCUUUUCAGGAGAGUAGCGCGUGUAGCUUGUUGUUGUCCAAUCACAAGUCAUCAAACCGGCACUAGGCUACAGUCGUAGAGCUGGAGCCUCUGUUAAGUUAUUAGGAGAUAUCUAGGCUAAUCAAUGGAAGAUGGAAUUACAAUGACAGAACUAAAAGUUAAAUGAGAAGGACAGGCUACAACACUGAGCCAACAGGUAGUAAUAAUCUGAAUGGAGUUGUUCUUAUUUACUGUAAGAUUCAGGAGGUGAGAAAGCGCAAAGUUCAAGUUAUGUAGUCUCAAUUAGCCUAGCUAACGUUAGCUAGCUAUCUUAUCAUGGUUUUAUGCAGUCAAGACAGAUACUAUGUAAUCAGAUGAGAUGAUAAAUAUAGUGCAUUCGGAAAGUAUUCAGACCCGUUGACUUUUUCCAAAUGUUGUUACGUUACAGCUGUCAUCAAGGCAAAGGGUGGCUUCUAGAAGAAUCUCUAAUAUAAAAUCUAUUUUGAUUUGUUUAACACUUUUUUCGUUACUACAUGUUUCCAUAUGUGUUAUUUCAUAGUUUUGAUGUCUUCACUCUUAUUCUACAAUGUAGAAAAUAGUAAAAAUAAAGAAAAACCCUGGAAUGAGUAGGCGUGUCCAAACUUUUGACUGGGACUGAAUAGUGGGAGUAUCUUUUUUAUUUUAUUUUUUAUAUACAUACGGUUAGGGAUUUAUUUUCUUAAGGUUAAGGACACCAUUUUGUUGAAACGUUCACACCCCAUACACUAGACACCACUGUCUGAUUUGUCUUAAUGUGGUCGUCCAUAAUACAACACUUCUCACUCCAACCCUCUCUGAGUGUGAAGGCCCAAUAACACUGGCAUGGUAAUGGACUUGACAUGGAUUUGACGGAUGACUUCAUAAAUAGUCUUUGUGACAUUCACUGAUGCGGAGAAGGCCACUGGACACUUGAGGUGGUGAAAAUGCCAGGGAUUGUCCUCUAUCACUGUCUACAGUAGCUGAGCUAUGAGAGCUCUCUAAGUGUUCUUAAAGUAUCCCUGUAAAGCCCUCCUUGUAGAGUUCUGUCAUGUUUACACCACCAGUGUACUGUCACCUUAACACCAGUGUACUCUCUGGAAGUGUGUCUUGUAAAACCUGGUUCCCAGUGGGUUGUUGCAUGGUGUGGAGCAGUGCAGUAUACCACUGGACUGGACCGUGCAGCCAAUCGACAUCAGAUCAGCAGCCAUGGCCAUUUAUCAUGUGAUCUGUUCAAGUGUUGUAGUGAUUUUCAUCUAUCCCUCACACCUAUCUUUCUCUCUUUUCAUCCCUCCUUCAGAUCAGUAUACCCCUGAGCACGGCGUUCGGGGCCGACACGGAGGGGGCCCAGUGGAUUGUGGGAUACCUGCUGGAGAAGGUGAUAAACAACCUGUCUGUGUGGAGCUCUGAACCUGAACUGGCUAAUGACACGGUGGAGCUACUGGUCUGUCUGGUGGAGAAAAGGGAGAGGUGAGACACUGACUGACUGACUGACUGACUGACUGACUGACUGACUGACUGACUGACUGACUGACUGACUGACUGACUGACUGACUGACUGACUGACUGACUGACUGACUGACUGACUGACUGACUGACUGACUGACUGACUGACUGACUGACUGACUGACUGACUGACUGACUGACUGACCGACCGACCGACCCCAACUAUGCACACACAAAAAUCUCAAAUCUUUCUCCAUCCCUCCCCUCUCAGGGCCAACAUAGUGGUGCAGUGUGAGAACUGGUGGAACUUAGCGAAGCAGUUUGCCAGCCGCAGCCCUCCCCUGGACCUGCUGUCCAGCUCAGUACAAAGGACCUUGAUGAAGGCCCUGGUUCUGGGGGGCUUCGCACACAUGGACUCAGACACCAAGCAGCAGUACUGGACCGAGGUAGGGAAUCCUAUAGAACCCCAAAGAACACAAAGACUGCCUAUUUCUAAAAUGUAUCUUAUUAAAAUGUGAUUUUAAACCUAACCACACUGAUAACCUUAAGCCUAACCUUACAUUGAAAUUAAGACCAAAAAUGUUGUUUUCAUGAAUUUUUACAAUCUGCCAAUUUUUACUUUGGAAACCCUACCAAACAGCGCUCACCUUACUGCUGUCCCCCACCCACACAACAACGAUGGUAUUAAUUCAUGCAAUUUUAGGUUCUGUGCCUCUCCUCCAUGUUGUCAGUACGUACUUCAUGUCCCACACCUCAUCAAUGUGAUGGCUUGUUGCAGUGAUGUAUGACAGCGUGUUCAUAGACGUCCAACAAUCUGUUGUUAAUGCCACGUAUCGUGUUUGAGAGCUCGCGCUUUGUACUUGCAGAGCAGCAGGGCUGUCACGGUUUUUCAACAUGGCAUCUUGUAGUCUGGUUCUAGAUAUGCCAUUAGGGCAAGGUUCCCCAACUGGCGGCACGCAGGUGAUUUCAUUUGGCUCCCCAUGUUUUCUGAGCCAAAUAAAUAUAUAUGUUUUUACAUAAAACACUGUAAAAACACCAGCAAAUCAGCUCUAAGUGAUUAGAAUUUUGGAAAUCUGUUCCAAAGUAUUCCCACGCAUAAUAGAGAUAUAUGUGAUUGUAUACAAAUGUAAGCAAGGUUUGAAAUGUUUGUUUUACUCAAAUAAUCUAUCUGUUUGGGCUUCUUGCAGUCAAUUUGUAAUUAUGUUCCGGCCCCCUGACCAUCCGCUCGAGAAAGAAUUGGCCCUCGGCUGAAUCUAGUUGAUGAUCCCUGCAUUGGGUUAUUGAAGCCGACAUCCUCUACCAUUGACAAUGGCUUUAUAUCAACUGCAAUAAUUUCUGUAAUCAGCACUGUGAUUUUCUUACUCCGUCCAUUAUCGCACUGCUGCCAGAAGUGGUUUGGAUCUCACGGUGCCUCUUUUUCAGCAUUGCGCUUGUACUGCCACUGUAGCUCAAUUCCACCUUACAAAGUUUGCAUUUCAUCACCUUCUCAUUUACCUUCUCAAAGUAUUGCCAUACAGAACCCCCCUCUCUGAAUCCCUAAAUGGAACUAACUUCGCACACAUGCCCUUCCAAGGACCCAGGGAAAUGGAGCCAUAACUGAAAGCUCUCGUUUCAUUUCCCUUCAGAUUUCCUCUAUAUAGGCUCUCUUUCCCAUAGACUUUAGUUGGUAACAAGUUGUGAGAUCUCAAGUGUCUUUUCCCUACUGUGGUGAUUCUAUUUAACCACUCUCCCCAUAGACUUUAGUAGUAACAAACGGUGAAGCCAAAUGAUUUAGCCAAAACCAUUACACCUCCCUAGAGUCUAUGGUUUGAUAAUGAUCCUCAUAAUGAUCUUGAAGGCCAUUCUAUAAUAAUGCAAGACGACUCCAAAGCCAUUAGUAGAGCUCUAUGAAUGAGACGGCAGCUGUCUUGCCUUCCAGCUGAUGUGACCGUAGAGUGUGUACAGUACAGUAGGCCAUUGGAGAAGAGGUGGGAAUGAAAAUAGCCUGCAGCUGAUCUCUCUUCUUCACCACUCUCCUUCUCCUUUUGGGGGUUGGGGCCAAGUUACUGUAAAGCACUUUGUAACAAAUGUUGUUGAUUGAUUAGAUGUGAUUGAUUGAUCACCUCUCCCCCUUCAUCCCUCUUUCUUCCUUCCUCCCUCCCUCCUUUCUCUUCCUCUCCCUCCAGGUGCUGCACCCCCUCCAGCAGCGCUUCCUCAACCUGAUCAACCAGGAGAACUUUCCCCAGAUCUGUCAGGAGGAGAGUGUGAAGCGGGAGAUCGUGGCCACCCUGGAGGCGCUGUGUGGCAUCGCCGAGGCAACGCAGAUCGACAACGUGGCGUCUCUCUUCAGCUUCCUCAUGGACUUCCUGUCCAGCUGCAUCGGCCUGAUGGAGGUGUACCGCAACACGCCCGAGACCAUCAACCUCAUCAUCGAGGUGUUUGUGGAGGUCGCCCACAAACAGAUCUGCUACCUUGGAGAGGUGAGGAUAGCAAAAAUACUGAAUCGUUUUAAUAAUAACCACACACUUAGAAUUACAAAUCCCUACACUUGUAUUAUGUGUAGGGCAAUUGAAUCGGAUAUGGGGGUUCCACUGGAAAGAGUUAACAGCCACCUCUUCUCCCUCUCUGACCCCCCAGUCAAAGUCUAUGAAGCUGUAUGAGGUGUGCCUGACGCUACUACAGGUCUACUCUAAGAACAACCUGGGCAGGAAGAGGGCUGAUGUGGCUGCUGAGGAGGACCAGUACCAGGACCUGCUGCUCAUCAUGGAGCUGCUCACCAACCUGCUCUCUAAGGAGUUCAUUGACUUCUCAGACACAGGUGUGGACGGUGGGUGUGUGUACAUCUCCACCAUCCCCAAUGACAUCCAGUCUGCAUUUAUGUAUGAUAUUUUAGGUUCCUAGUUAGUUAUCAAUACUUACAGAAUGCUCUGGUGUGUGUGUGUGUGUUGAUGGUGGAACAGAUGAGGUUUUCCGGGGGCAGGAGCAGGGUUCGGGAGCGGCAGGUCGGUCGGUGUCGGCUGCAGACGUAGUUCUGUUUGGAGUAAACAUCAUUCUGCCUCUCAUGUCUCAGGACCUGCUCAAGGUAAGACCCAGGGCCCAGUCUCAAUACUUAAACAAUGCUUCUUCCUUCCUUGAAGUAAUCACUGAUGUACAUUCUGUCACUGUACUACAAACUGUUGUUAAACUGGUUUGUCUCUGUGUGUUUUCAGUUCCCGUCUCUGUGUAAUCAGUACUACAAGCUCAUCACGUUCAUCUGUGAGAUCUUCCCUGAGAAGAUCCCCCAGCUACCAGAGGAGCUGUUUAAGAGUCUAAUGUACUCCCUAGAGCUGGGCAUGACUUCCAUGAGUUCAGAGGUCAGCCAGCUGUGUCUGGAGGCUCUGUCCCCCCUGGCCGAGCAGUGUGCCAAGUCCCAGGAGAAAGACACGCCCCUCUUCAUCGCCACACGCCACUUCCUCAAGGUGAGGCACCCCCUCCAGGGAUUUCCUCCUAACUACAAGGUCUGCUUCAUUCCAUUAUGCUCAAAAAUAGGAAAUGUUUUGUAAUGAAAAUCUCUCCCUCUCUAGUUGGUGUUUGACAUGCUGGUACUGCAGAAACACAACACAGAGAUCACAGUGGCAGCGGGAGAAGCUCUAUAUACACUAGUGUGCCUGCAUCAAGUGAGUAUCCUUUGUUUUAAACUUCCUGCACACAUGUAUCUCAUUCUUUUUGAUUGGCUAUGGUGAUGUAUGUGGACAAAAAACAAAAGUAAUGUAAAAUGUAAUUGUACCUCCUGUCGGCCUUGUAGGAUGAUGUAAUUUCCUAUUCUCUCUCCUCCCCUCGCUCCAGGCGGAGUACCAGGAGCUGGUGGAGUCUCUGCUUGCCACCCAGCGAGACGCCAUCAUCUACCAGCGACUGGCUGACGCCUUCAACAAGCUGACAGCCAGCAGUACGCCGCCAAGCAUGGACCGCAAGCAGAAGGUGGCCUUCCUCAAGAGUUUGGAGGAGUUUGUGUCCAAUGUAGGGGGGCUACUUUGUGUCAAAUAACUAUUAGCCCCCCAGCUCCCCUCCUCCCUAGCCCCUCUAUAUCCAAGCCGCUCACAGAUGAUUUACCUACCUACCUUGACCACAUCUGACCAAGCCAAACCAUUGAGAAGACGGACAGACCGAGCUGAUGAGCUGCACUGUUAGACUGUGUGAAAGAAAAUAGGGGAGGUUGAGACACUGAAGGGAGCACUGGACUGGACUGGACUAGGGUGUGGUUUGGGCAGUUUCCACGCCCGCUCCUCCCCCUAUCCCCUCCUUUUUCCUCAAAGGCCCCCAGCGCACACAUACAGUGGCUUCGGGGAUUGGGAUUUGGUGGGGGGGGGGGGGGGGUCAGAGAGGGUUGGACUUGCCCCCUGUACCCCUCUGUCCCAUCAUCCAAUCAUUGUUUACGUUUGCCAGUGGGAGGGUUGGGAUGAACACAGCAGGAGGGGCCAAUCUGUUCUGAGAACGCUAUGCCCCUUCCUCUCUCCCCAUCCCCAUCCCCUCGCUCCCCCUCCCAGAGUGCCUUUGUUUUCUUGUUUGUGUCAUGUGUCGACUCCAGUGUGUCUGUGUGGCCAAGCUGAGACGUGUCUUACAGCAACAACUGUGCCUGUCACACACACCAAAAACACGGUGGAAGCACGCACAUACAAAUCUCCAUGACCACGAGAGGCUAGAUCCCACCACCUUCGGGUUGCUGAACCUGUUAACUGGAGGGCCGAUGACAAAAAAACAAUUCACUUCGUGUUCAUCAAGGGUGUAUAUAUGUGGGGGGGUUUUUAAGUGGAAAAAAUGUAUGUUUAAAACAAUUACUGAAAGUUUUUAUAAGAUGAUGGCAAAGAAGCUGAAUUUGUAUGGUUAUGAUGAGUUCACUUGAAGAAAAGGGAGGCAAGUUUGAAAACGUUGGAUUUAGUUUUGAUUUCUUUAUCAUUCUAGAUUGUAAUUGUAUUCUACGCCAACCUUUUGUCUCCCUAGCACCAUUUCAGUCCUGACUGCCCAUAGCCAAUAUACAGAUAAUUGAAGGCCUUAGGAAGUUUGGGCCCUUGAAGUUUAGCAAUGUUCUCUCUAGUUUUAUUUUUCUAUGUCACAACCACUAUCUCCACUUCAAAACACACUGAAUGGAAGUUUAAGAAGCAAUAACAAACCAAAAAAGGAACAGAGCCACUUGUUUUAACCAUGGCAUUUGAGAUGGACUCACUGCCCUUCCUCUGUUUAGAGCACUACCCUGAUUUAUUUUGGAAUGCCUGAAUGAAUUGUAUUGAAAUGUAAAAGUGUACAUAAACUUAUUAUAUAAAAUAUUGAGUUGUUUUUCCUCUUCUUUUUAAAUUGUUUGUUGUUUUCAUUUUGAUCCAUCUCAAUGUCCUGUUAUACAGAAUAUGGGAAAAAAAAGUUCCAUAUCCAGUUUGGAUCAUUCUUGAAAACAUAAAACCCAAAGUGCUUUCAAUAUCUCUGAAAUAAA